AUGUCAUACGCACCGCCUCCUGGGCCUCCGCCUCCGCCUGUGCCGGAAGGAUGGAAGGCUCAAUUUGAACCCCGGUAUGAGCAAUGGUUCUUUGUAAACCUGCGCACUGGCAAGUCUCAAUGGGAUGCCCCCGAGGCCGCUGCCUCGGAAGAAAAGCUACACGAGGCCCCGAGCGAGCCGCCACCGUCUUACGACUCAUCACAGGGCGGCUCAUCUGCGACGACCACCCUUGGCGAGAAGUCUCUGGGAUCCAAUAACCCGUACAACCAAACGGAUUCUGGAAACAGCACUCUCGAGAGCGACGCUCGUCUAGCCGCUCGCCUGCAAGCCGAAGAAGAAGCGCAGGCCCGGGUCAAGAGCCCUGGCAACCAAGAUCCGGGCGCCGCGGCGGACUACUACGCGGAAGCCUCGCGACCUCUGCCAUCGAAUCACCGGGCCUCCCCGGCGGCGACGCCUUCGCAGAAUACCGGGCCGGAAGAACCCAAGUCGCGCAGCAAAGGGUUUCUGAGUAAGUUGAUGGGAAAGUCCUCCGCGGGUGGUGGUGGCGGCGGCGUCGGGUAUGGGCGACCCCCUCCAUCCAUACCUUACCAGCAGCAGCAGCAGCAGCAGCCGGCACCGUUUUACGGUUAUCCUCAAGGAGGGUACCAGGGUGGCUACCCUCCCCAGCCCGUCGGAUACGGAUACCCCGCGUAUCCGCCGCAGGGUGGCUAUUAUCCCCCUGCGAUGCAACAACAGCGGCGGUCCGGAAUGGGAACUGCGGGUGCUGCGGCAUUAGGUGUGGGUGGAGGGUUAAUUGGCGGUGCUCUGCUAGCAGAGGCAAUUGAUGAUCAUCAUGAUUAUGACGAUUAUGGCGGUGGUGAUGACUAUGGCGGUGGCGAUGACUUCGGAGGCGGCGAUUUUUAAGUCUGCCGUACCGUAUGCGUCAGCUCGGCCAUGGAAAAGGGACACACGAUGUGCUAUGAAUGAAAGAGUGUAUCAGUAUUAAUCGGUUUGGGGGGAUUAUUUAUUCCAUUUCCUUUUCAAUUUUGACUCCUUGCUUUCCUAAUGAUUUCGUAAAGGCAGGAGGACAUUGUCUGCACGGCUGGCAUAUGUGUUUUUCUUGAUAUUCCAAACCCUAUUCGGUGCCAUGGAGAAGAUAUGUUGGUGUAGAUUGAUUGGAACU